CGGGAGCGAGAGCCCCUGGCUCCCCCCACCCCGCUGAGCAGGGUGGGACCGAUACAGUUUGCGCCCGCCUUGGGGGUCCUUCCCGCUGCUCCGCUUGCUCCUGCCUGUCUCGGACCCCCGCACGCUCUGGGCUCCUCCAUGUAUGGCGAAUCCUAUAUCCAUGGCUUCGAGGACUCCGAGGUGGGCUCAGCCGAUUCCUACACCAGCCGGCCAUCCUUGGACUCAGACGUGUCCCUGGAGGAGGAGCGCGAGACAGCCCAGCACGAGGUGGAGAACCAGGCACAACAGCAGCUGGAGAGAGCCAAGCACAAGCCGGUAGCGUUUGCCGUACGCACCAAUGUCAGCUACUGCGGGGCCCUGGAUGAAGAGUGCCCCGUGCAGGGCUCCGCCAUCAACUUCGAAGCCAAAGAUUUCCUGCACAUCAAGGAGAAAUACAGCAAUGACUGGUGGAUCGGGCGGCUAGUGAAGGAGGGGGGGGACGUCGCUUUCAUCCCCAGUCCCCAGCGGCUGGAGGCCGUGCGGCUGAAGCAGGAGCAGAAAGCCAGGAGAUCUGGCAACGCCUCCGGCCUCGGGGACCCCAGCAAGCGGCGAUCGCCUCCCCCGUCCUUAGCGAAACAGAAGCAAAAGCAGGCAGAGCACAUCCCGCCCUACGACGUGGUUCCAUCCAUGAGACCAGUGGUGCUGGUGGGCCCCUCCCUGAAAGGAUAUGAGGUGACGGACAUGAUGCAGAAAGCGCUCUUCGACUUCCUCAAGCACAGGUUUGAUGGCAGGAUCUCGAUCACCCGCGUCACCGCCGACCUAUCCCUCGCCAAGCGCUCUGUCCUCAACAACCCGGGCAAGCGCGCCAUCAUCGAGCGCUCCGCCACCCGCUCCAGCAUCGCCGAGGUGCAGAGCGAGAUCGAGCGCAUCUUCGAGCUGGCCAAGGCCCUGCAGCUGGUGGUGCUGGAUGCCGACACCAUCAACCACCCGGCUCAGCUGGCAAAGACCUCGCUGGCCCCCAUCGUGGUCUACGUGAAAGUGUCCUCGCCCAAGGUGCUGCAGCGGCUGAUCAAAUCCCGGGGCAAGUCCCAGAUGAAGCACCUCAAUGUGCAGAUGAUGGCAGCAGACAAGCUGGUGCAGUGCCCACCGGAACUCUUUGAUGUGAUCCUGGACGAGAACCAGCUGGAGGACGCCUGUGAGCACCUGGCCGAGUACCUGGAAGUGUACUGGAGAGCCACACACCACCCCCUGCACCCGCUGGGCGGGCAGCCCCUCCUAACGCCACCCGCUGCCAUCCUGAGCCUGCAGAACCAGCAGCUGCUGGGGGAGCGGGGAGGGGAGCACUCCCCCCUAGAGCACGACAGCCUGAUGCAGUCAGAUGAGGCGAGCGAGACCUCCCGCAAGCCCUGGGCGGCCACCUCGCAGCACAGCUCCCAGCCCCUGGAGGACGAGUAUCCCGACCCCUACCCGGAGCUGUACCAGCCCCACCGGCACCACAACAGCGGCCUGCACAGCGCCAACGGGCACGACUCGCAGGACCGGCUCCUGCAGCGCGAGGCCGAGCAGACCCACAACGACAGGAACUGGCAGCGCACCAGGCCCUGGGCCAAGGACAGCUACUGACGGGCACCGGCCUGGGCUCGCCCACCGAUUGCACCCCUCCCCGCUGUCAGAGCAGCCCCAUGGGCCCACGGAGCCUGGCCUUCCCCCAAACACAGCCCC